AUGUCAACACUGUCUUUUGAGUCCCUCUGCUUAAAAGAUGAUGAUUGUCCAUCUCCAACACUGUAUCAAGGCUCUGAGGAUGAGUUUGACACAGACUUGGAGUCGGAUGAAAAAGAUGAGAGCAACAAGGAGAUGUCUAUAGCUGAAGUGUACUUGCAAGCAUGCAAGUUGGUGGGUGUGGUGCCAGUGUCCUUAUUCAUACGAAACCUUGACUCUCCCACCAUGACACUUACCCACCAUGGGCUUGGACACUUGGGGUGCAAGGCACUAGCUAUUGCUUUAGUGACUGACAUGCAUAUCAACACACUGGAACUGGCAGACAAUAACAUUCAAGCUGAAGGAGCCAAAUACCUUGUGGAGAUGUUGAGAGCUAAUUUCACCAUUCAGCAUCUGGACUUGUCCAACAACCACCUGCAGUCUGCAGGAGCUGAAUAUGUAUCUAUAAUGUUGCUGGACAGCAUUUCAAUAAAAUCUAUGAAACUUUCAGGAAAUGGAUUUGCUGAUGAUGAUGCUAAAUAUUUUGCAGAUGCCUUAUCGACCAAUUCCAGGAUAAAGCAACUAGACCUGAGCCAUAAUGAGUUUUGUGGUAGAGGAGGAGAGCAUUUGGGACAGCUGUUGGCAAACAACGAAGGUCUAGAGGUGCUUGAUCUUAGUUGGAAUCAUCUUAGAAUGAAAGGGGCUGUUGCUUUUUGUGCUGGACUGAAGGUGAAUAUGAUGUUAAAACACCUUGACUUAUCAUGGAAUGGUUUUGGGAAUGAGGGUGCCCUGGCUAUGGGAGAGGCCUUAAAAUUCAACAACUCUCUGGUGCACCUCAACCUCAACAACAACCGUCUCACCAAUGAGGGUGUCGGCAUGCUGUGUAGGGGCCUUGAGGCCAACGAUACUCUUCGAGUUCUGCUGCUUGCUUACAACUCUUUAACAGUAGAGGGAGCACUGGCCCUGGUUAAUGUGGUGAAGAACACACCUAAAACUGCCCUGGAAGAGAUCAACAUAUGUAAUGUGCUGGUAAAUGAGAACUUUGUGCAUCUGCUGGAGGUGACGUGUCAGGAGCAUCCCAGUCUGGAUGUACAGUAUGGAGGGGUGGGAGGGUUCAUCGCUAAGAAGCCCCCUAAACGCAUCGAUCCAAUGAAAGUCAUCCAGGAUUAUCUGGAUCAACGCAAAUUACGCCUGUGGGAUUUCUUUCGAAACAUUGACAAAGAUGGCACCAUGCGAGUCCCUGUUGCUGACUUCAGGAAGGCAGUGCAGCAAUCGAGCAUUCCUCUGGAUCGAUAUCACAUUGAAGAGCUGAUUCAGAGACUUGAUCGUGACAGGACAGGGAUGGUAGACUACAGGGGAUUGGCAGAUACGAGGAAACAGAUGAUGAGGGAUCACCGACGCCAACUGCGGAAGGUUGAGUCCCGUCAGAAGAAAGAAAAGCAGAAGAGUGACCGCAUCCUCAAGACCUUCCAGAGCGCUGUGGAGGCAGUUACACCACGCAGCUCUAUGGUCAUAUCUCCAGGAGGUGCCAAAGAGGACUCAAGUGGCCCACAGCACUUCUCUGCCACCCCUCUCAGUUCUUGGCACCACAUUGUCAUGUCUAACAGCAGUCGCUAUUCUGUCUCUAACCUGAGCAAUGAGCAUGUCCACCUGUCCAUGAUAGGAGGCACCACGCCUUACCGUCCCACCAGUUCUCCAGCAAUGCGCUCCUACUCCCAACCCAAUUUGCUGGAUGACUCCCCUCGAUCGGCCCCAGGCAAAUCCAUCUCUGCUCAGGGUGUACGCUCUGAUCCAGAGAUGGGCCAUAGCAAGCUCAGCCCCACUGCUAACCACCUGACCAGGUCCAGGCCUGCACUUAAUGCCAAGCAACCAGAGGUUAAAGCCAAAACCAAGAAAGUGAAGAAAAAGAAAACUAAGAAACAUGCAGCGAAAUACUCAAAGACUCCUAUACAAACUGUCAAGUGA